AUGCCGCCGAUGCCGCCGAAGAAGCCUGCUGGCAGCGUCGUCCAGGCUGAGGUCGCCCUGCAGCAGUCGCUGAAGAACUGCCUCGUCAAUCUCCCUGCAUCGCUCGUCGCGGUGCUUGUGAAUGCGAAUGCGGUCGCGCAGAACGUCGUCGUCGAGCUCUCGUACCGCCAGCCCCCGCCCCCCGGCGCCUCGGACGCACGCAAUGCCUCCCCGCCCAAGUCCGUCUUCGUGGGCUGGACGGGCAUGCAGAGCAAGCGCAGGCUUGCAGCCGUCGUCGAUCGAAAUGGGCUGCGCAACAGCCCAGCGGCCAGCCAGCAGGACAUGGCCGCCGUCGAGGUCGAUGCCACCUUCGCCAGGCUCAUUGGACUGAGCGAAGGGCAGAAAGUGGGCAUACAACUGCACCUGGACCCCCCGCAAGCGCACACUAUCAACAUCGAGCCCCUCACGCCCGUAGAUUGGGAGAUGAUCGAGCUCCAUGCCCAGUUCCUCGAGCUCAACUUCCUGUCCCAGAUUCGCGCACUGCCAAACCCUCAGGCGCAGACACCGCACCCCUUGACCCUCCACCUCUCCCCAACCACCACCGCAAACAUCGUCGUAACCUCGGUUACACCUGCGCCCCCUGCAGGUUCGCUCUUUGUCAAGAUCUCUCCCGACGCCGAAGUCAUCGUUGCCCCAAAGACGCGCCAAAAGCCAGACCGAAGCUCGGCGAACCGAGAGAGCAGAAGUGUCGGCGCUGUGUCGAGAAAGAGCGGGAAGAGUACGGCAAGCACGGUCCGGCGUCGAAGCGGUCGCGAUGAGGCUGCUAGCAAGGGCGCAGUCUUCCUUCGCGGUGUGGACCGCAGUGUGGCUCACGAGUCGUUCGACGAGGAAGAUGAUGCAGAUGCAGACGGCCUGAAGAUCUGGGUGGACAAGCAUGUCCUCCUCACAAAGGCGCUCCGAGGAGCGACAUGGGUCUCCGUCGCUAUCAUCAAGCCUGCCGGCUUGCAAGAGCCAGUGGACAUGUCGAAAGAGCAAGACCAGGAGAAGACUGCUGCUCGCAUAGUCGCGAGGAUAUCAGCAUGGGAAGAUGCGCCAGACAGCCGACAUGUCGCGCUCUCCACCGAUCUUUGCAAGGUCCUAGGAUUCGAAGGGUUUGUAGGAGGCCUGGUUCGCAUCGAAGGCGCCCCGAAUCAGACCCCAAAGCCAUCAGCCAUCAAACCCUCUACUCCUGCUUCAAGAGACGCGAAAGAGGCAGUCGUAAAGUCUAUCAAAGUCAUACCAUUUGCUUCGGCCGCUUCUUUGGGCAAUGCAAACCUCAAGUUUGGCGGCGAGUCAAAGCAAGAGCAAGAAAAUGCCAUACAGAGACUCAAGGCUAUAUAUGGGAAAAAGAACGGCUUGUUGGAUGGUCCAGUUACAGACGGCAUGGUCUUACCGCCGGUGAUAGAGCCUGAGUCGACCUGGCAAGGAGGCAUCGUCAAGUUCGACCCUCCACAGCCAUCUAAUGGCAUAUCUUGGGUAUUGUUCCCUGAGAGAAAACCGGCCAUCGAACUGGGAACCGAAAUCGCCACACCAUCAAGUUGGGCCAAGAGCUGGCAGCAGGGCGAUCCGUUACCCAAAAACCCGCCAGAACUUGUCGGCAUCAACCCUCUCAUCGAUCAACUGCGCUCGCAUCUGACGCAUAACUCAUCAGUUCUGCUUAGCGGUGGACUAGGUGCGGGUAAGUCAGAGUGCGCUCAGCUUCUUGCACAUCAACUACGAACGGAGUAUCUAUUCCACACCAUCUACUUCCCUUGUCGAAAACUCAUAACGGAUGAGAUAAGAGUGGCGACCAUCAAGGAGACCCUAAACCGACUCUUCGCGACUGCAGCAUGGAGUGCGCGGUCGGGCGGCAACGCUGUAGUCAUCCUAGACGAUCUCGACAAGCUUUGCCCGGUGGAGACGGAGCUUCAAGUGGGUAACGAGAAUGGGCGCAGUCGUCACGUCAGCGAGAGCAUCGUCUCUAUCGUAAGACAGUACUGCUCGAUCGACUCUGGUGUAGUUCUUCUCGCCACAGCACAAGGCAAGGAGGCGCUGAACAACGUCAUUGUCGGUGGGCAUAUUGUUCGUGAGAUGGUCAGUUUGAAGGCACCGAACAAGGAUGGAAGGCGAAAGGUGCUGGAAAAGUUGGCGUUCAAAGAUGCCAAACCGCAGCCACCACGACCACAAACGAACGGUCAUGCUUUCCCACCAUCACCGUCAAACAGCCGGCCGAGCACAUCCCACCGCAGCCAAUCCAGCAUCGGCGGUAUACAGCACGAUACUUCAGACGACUAUGGUUUCGUCGUCGACUCCACGAUUGACUUCCUGGAUCUUGCCGGGCAAACGGAUGGGUAUAUGCCAGGCGACCUUGUACUGCUCACUUCACGAGCCCGCAACGAAGCUCUCAUUCGAUCCGUGACCGACUCGUCGAACACCGUCACUCUCACAAGAGACGACUAUGCGUCGGCUACUAAAGGCUUUACCCCAGCAUCACUCCGAAACGUAACACUGCAGUCAUCGACGACCAAAUGGGACUCGAUCGGAGGCUUGACAGCAACACGCCAGAUCCUGCUGGAAACACUGCAGUAUCCCACCACAUACGCACCGAUUUUUGCUCAGUGCCCACUGCGAUUGCGAUCUGGACUGCUGCUCUAUGGCUUCCCUGGCUGUGGAAAGACUCUGCUUGCGUCGGCGGUGGCUGGUGAAUGUGGCCUCAACUUCAUCUCCGUCAAAGGCCCCGAGAUCUUGAACAAAUACAUUGGUGCCUCUGAGAAGUCUGUCCGAGACCUCUUUGAGCGCGCCGAAGCAGCACGGCCAUGCGUCCUCUUCUUUGAUGAGUUCGACUCCAUCGCGCCAAAGCGUGGCCACGACUCCACUGGCGUCACAGACCGUGUUGUUAACCAGUUGCUAACGCAAAUGGAUGGUGCUGAGGGUCUCAGCGGCGUCUACGUCCUUGCCGCAACAUCUCGCCCCGACCUCAUCGACCCUGCGCUGCUGCGUCCUGGACGUCUAGACAAGUCUCUGCUCUGCGACAUGCCCGACGUGGAAGAGCGCAUUGACAUUCUGAAAGCCGUAACCCGCAAACUGCACCUCGCACCCAGCGUCCUCUCGAUAGACUCAGCCGGGGAGAAUCUGCGCGAGAUAGCCCAACGCACAGAAGGCUACUCAGGCGCCGACCUGCAAGCUGUAGUCUACAACGCACAGCUCGAAGCCAUUCACGACGUACUCGGAGAUACGGAUCUCAGCGCGCCGCCACAGAGUAAGAAGAAUGGCUCUUCCACCCCGACCAACGCAAAGGACAAGGGCAUCCCAGACUUUUCCUACUUCCGCUACGGCGACACCCCUUCUCCAUCUUCUACCUCCCCCCCCUCCUCCCUCUCCGCCUCGCACCAACUGACCGAGCGCGCCCAAAUCGCCCUCAAAAUCCAAGCCCUGCAAGCCCUCCGGCGCAAGCAAAAAGCCCUGCAGCGGCCACAGAGCAGCGGCAAAGACGACAACGACGACGACGAUGACGAUGGGGCUGCGGAUGACGACGCCGCGGAGAGGAAGGAGCCGCAGAUCCUGUGGAAACACAUUGAUAGCUCGCUGAGCAGUGGCCGCAGCAGUAUCAGCGCGCAGGAGCGCCUGCGGCUGCAGAGAAUCUAUCGCGAGUUUGUCGAGGGCCGCGAGGGGAAUCUGCCGAGUGGGCAGGGCGGGAGUGAGAUUGGGGGGCGGACGAGUCUGAUGUAG